AUGGAUGAUGGUACCAGAUUAAAUUUAUCAUUUAGUUUUACAAAUGAGACGCAAUACAUUUUUCAUGAUGACGAUCUAACAGGGCUAGAUGGUGAUGGUUCCGAAGAAGAAGAUUAUAUAUUUGAUCGUACUGGAAUACGUGUUUUAUUCAUUACAUUGUAUUCGUUAGUAUUUUGUUGCUGUUUUUUCGGAAAUUUACUUGUGAUACUGGUUGUAACAUUAAGUCGAAGAUUACGCUCAAUAACAAAUUUCUUUCUGGCAAAUUUAGCCGUGGCUGAUUUUUGUGUUGGCGUAUUUUGUGUUUUUCAAAAUUUAUCUAUUUAUUUAAUACCAAGCUGGGUGUUUGGUAAUUUUUUAUGUAAAAUGUAUCAAUUUAUUCAUUCACUGAGUUACACCGCCUCCAUAUUUAUACUGGUUGUCAUAUGUAUGGAACGAUAUUUCGCAAUUAUUCAUCCAAUCACAUGUAAACAAAUUUUGACACCACGACGACUAAGGUUGGUGAUGUUAUUGGUAUGGAUAACAAGUGCAUUAUACAGUGCACCAAAGUUUAUGUACAUCGAAACAAUAACAAUAAAUACUACAAAUGGUGCUGAUGAGACAAUAUGUAUUGCACAUCGUAAAAAAUACAAUUCAAAAAUAUACGAUUUACUAAAUUUUGGUUUAUUAUAUUUACUUCCAUUAUUUAUUAUGACAAUAUUAUAUACACGUAUUGCUAUUGGACUAUGUGAAAGUUCACGACGAUUAAAAUGUCAUUUAAAUGCAUCAACAACAACAACUGGUGCAACAUCACACAGUCAUAAUAUUAAUAUGACAACGAUACCAAUGACGGGAACAAUUGGUACAACAGGACAACCAACAAAUGUAUCAAAUAUUAUGCAAACUGAGUUUUGUACAAAUCAACAAUGUAGUGCAUACGUGGAUAAACAAAAUGAUUCAAACGGACGAAAUCAAAUGAAUAAUGUAUCGGGGGAUGCUAAGUUUACUUCAUCAUCAACUUGGAAGUCACGAGUACCAAACACAAUAUCAGCAUCAUCACAAAAUGUAUUAAAAGCACGCCAACGUGUUAUUAAAAUGUUAAUAAUUGUUGUGUUAACGUUUGCAUUAUGUAAUUUACCAUUUCAUGCACGGAAAAUGUGGCAAUAUUGGUCGGAUGAUUACAAAGGCAAUAGUAAUUUUAGUACACUACUUACACCAACAACAUUUUUACUGACAUAUUUCAAUUCUGGUAUUAAUCCAAUGUUAUACGCAUUUCUGUCUCGGAAAUUUCGCAAAGGAAUGCAAGAGCUUCUGUUGUGUUCGGUCCGCGGCGUAAAGAAACAUAAAAUUAAUCGGCGCAUCUUAGAACGUCAUCUAUCUGAAAAUCAUCCAAUGUCACAAACAUCAAUGUUACAUGUCGGCUCAGUCAAAUCGACCAAAUACACAUUUUCAUCGUUUUUCAAUGGUAAAUUGGAUACAUCAGAAUAUAAUAAUCCAGAAAGUAGUACGGAUGGUUGUAGUGUAUGA